AUGGUGGUAUGGAGUAGUGAUAGUUUUAGAAUGAAGGAAGUCUACAAGGCUUUGCACCCUAAUAAGAAUCAGAUGUCUUGGAAGGAGCUGAUGUUUGGGAAUCUAGCUAGGCCCAGGGCUAUUUUCCAACUGUGGAUAGCAUGCCAUACAAGGCUGCCAACAAGGAGCAGGUUGAUGAAAUGGGGCUUAAUUGAUCACAAUAAGUGCAGCUUCUGUGAUGCAGUGGAAACUCAACAACAUUUGUUGUUUGAUUGUUCUCUGAUGAAGAAUGCGUGGAAAAAGGUUCUGAACUGGAUCAAUAUCCAACAUGAGCCUCUGAACUGGGAUAGGGAGUUGGAGUGGAUUGUACUGAAUUGUAGAGGGAAAAGUAAGAGAGCUGCUAUGUUAAAAUUAGCUAUCACUGAAUGUAUAUAUGAGGUAUGGAGGUAUAGGAAUGAGAAGAGUUUUGAUACAAACACAAAAGAUAGAAACAUAGAGGAAAGAGUUAUAGAAAUGAUUGUGUACCGGGGCUGGCAUAAUAGUAAGAUGAGAGAUUAUGUAGCACAGUUGAUGGUGCAAUAG